AGGGGUUUGAAAUGGUCUACCCACGUAAUAAAAGCAACUUCAGGCCGGACACAGGAAGACAUGUCAGAAGAUUCAGAAAAAGGCUACUCGGACAGAACAAACAGUGACGAAGAUGAAUCAGAUGAAGAUACUUUCAUGAAAUUUGUAAGAGAAGAUAUUCGUCAGUGUGCACUUCUAACAGCUGACUCUAACGGUGACCCUUUCUUUCCUCGGACUACACAAAUAAUGCUAGAAUAUCAGCUGGGCAGAUGGGUGCCACGUCUUCGUAAACCACGGGACUUAUAUGGAGUAUCUUCUUCUGGUCCGCUGAGCCCAACAAGAUGGCCAUACCACUGUGAGGUCAUUGAUGAAAAAGUCCAGCACAUUGAUUGGACUCCUGUUAAUCCUGAGCCAGUAUAUAUUGGAACAGGUCUAGAAAUGGAGCCCCUUUAUCCAGAUUCCAAGGAAAAUACUGUGGUUUAUCUAGCUGAAGAUGCUUACAAAGAGCCCUGUUUUAUAUAUUCCCGAGUUGGAGGCAACCGAACACCCUUAAAACAGCCUGUGGUUGACUAUGACAACACUUUGAUGUUUGAAGCAAGGUUUGAGAGUGGUAAUCUACAGAAGGUAGUCAAAGUGGGAGAAUAUGAAUACCAGUUGACUGUGCGCCCUGACCUCUUCACAAAUAAACAUACCCAGUGGUACUAUUUCCAAGUUACUAAUACUCAAGCAGGAAUACUCUACAGAUUCACCAUUGUCAACUUCACCAAGCCCGCUAGUCUUUACAAUCGGGGUAUGCGCCCACUGUUCUAUUCUGAGAAAGAGGCCAAGACUCAUCAUAUUGGCUGGCAAAGAAUAGGAGACCAAAUCAAGUACUAUAGGAACAAUCUGGGCCAAAAUGGGCACCAUUAUUUUUCGCUUACAUGGACAUUUCAAUUUCCACACAACAAAGAUACCUGCUACUUUGCUCACUGCUAUCCAUACACCUACACAAAUCUACAAGAAUACCUUUCCAGCAUCAAUAAUGAUCCAGUACGGUCCAAGUUUUGUAAAAUACGUGUCUUGUGUCACACGCUUGCUAGGAACAUGGUGUAUAUUUUAACAAUCACCACCCCGAAUGCUGAAUCAAGGAAGCGGAAGGCUGUCAUUCUGACUGCACGAGUCCAUCCGGGAGAAACCAACAGCUCUUGGAUCAUGAAAGGCUUCCUUGAUUUUAUUUUAGGAAACUCAAGUGAUGCGCAUUUGCUGCGGGAUACCUUUGUCUUCAAGGUGGUACCCAUGCUGAAUCCAGAUGGCGUGAUUGUGGGAAAUUAUCGGUGCUCCUUAGUGGGACAGGACUUAAACCGCAAUUAUGCAUCUCUCCUGAAGGAAUCAUUUCCUUCUGUUUGGUAUACCCGAAACAUGAUCCGUAGAUUGAUGGAGAAGCGAGAGGUUAUUUUAUAUUGUGAUAUUCAUGGUCAUAGUAGGCAAGAGAAUAUCUUCAUGUAUGGCUGUGAUGGUAGUGACAGAUCUAAAGUUUUAUACUUACAGCAACGAAUCUUUCCUCUCAUGCUGAGCAAAAAUUGUCCAGAUAAAUUUUCAUUUUCAGCUUGCAAGUUUAAUAUUCAAAAGAGCAAGGAAGGAACAGGAAGAGUGGUGAUGUGGAGAAUGGGAAUCAGGAACAGCUUUACUAUGGAGGCCACCUUCUGUGGAUCGACUCUGGGUAAGAAACAAGGCACUCAUUUCAACACAAAAGACCUGGAGUCAAUGGGAUACCAUUUUUGUGAUUCUCUCUUGGACUAUUGUGAUCCUGACCGGACCAAGUAUUAUCAGUGCCUGAAAGAAUUAGAAGAAAUGACAAAACGUGUUCCUGCAAACUUUGAAAAAGUCUUUGAAGGGUCAUAUACUUCCCUGAUAGAAAUUUCAGUGGACCCAGAGUCGAGCAGUCAAGGCUCUGAUAGUUCCGGAUCAGACUCACAGAAUUAUCUUCUCCAGUUAACUCCCCAGGUGUAUGAUACAGAAUAUUUACUGAAAAUGCAAAAAGAAUCAAAUUCAGAAGUGAAAGAUGCAAAACCAAAUAUAUCAGAUGAUUAUAUGGUUGGUUAUUUAAGAAGACAGCUGCCAAGUCAAGAUUUGGUUAAAAUACCUGGAAAAGGAUCUUCUUGGCUUCUAAAAAAAUAUUUCAGCUCUGGAAGUAACAUUCAAAGUCUUAAAGACCAAGAGAGGCAUGUUUUAGAAAUCAAUGAGAGGCCAAUCCAUGGAACAAUUCAACCUGAGGGAACUGAUUUGUAUGAAAACUGCCUCAAGGUAACAUCCUUCAAGUGUCCCAUGAGCAAACGGACUUCCAAUUGGACUGAGAAAACAAAGAUAUCAACAGAUCUACAUCACAGCUUAAAGAACAGAAUGAAAGAAUGCACAUCUUUCCCAAGCAGGAAGACUGAUACAAAUUGGACUGAUGAUGAAAAAGAAUCCUACAGGGAUAAAAGAAUAGCUCAAACUCAAGAAACAUUACAGGAUUUGCUUCCUGUCAUGCAAAGCACAAAAAGUAAGCCACCUGCUCAGUUAAAGCAGCUACUCAACCCAAGACACAACAUCCAAACUCAACAUCAACUAAGUUCAGCUACAUGCAUUAAUAUGAAGAGAUACAGCACAUCUUGGACACCACCCGGAAGUGUUACUUUUAUGUCCCAAAGAAAUCUUGUAGAAGACCAUUCAGAAUGGUUUUAUUCUGUGCCCCAGAGGUCUCAUGAAAGCUUGUCACAACUUAAGGGCCCUAAGAAGAAGAAAAAGCAUCCUUAGUUCUGGCACCCAAAGAUGGAAGACAGGAAAAGUUUCAGCAGAGAUUGGGAGACUGUACCCUCAACUAUUGAAAUAGAAGCAAAUAGAAAAGCUACGAAUCUCCAAACUGAAGAAUCUGGCCAGCAAAGCACUAAGCAGAAAGCCCCCCAUCCAGUCAAAAGUAAGAAUGAACGGCCAAAAAAAUGGUGAUGGAAAACCAGCCUUCCCUCCAGAUUUCCAAUGGAACAGUUAAUCCAGCUUUCUGCUGCCCU